AACCUAUGGAAUCCCGUGCAAACAAGUUGAAUCAGCCUUCUACAGUACGGAACAUGGCAGAAGAACCAGUCAAACAAUCUCAUGCCCCGGCCAUUCAAGUUGAAGGAGCCGUUGCUAAAGAUGAAAGUCAGCCAAAGUCCACGCUACCUCCUCCAAUCUCCACAUCGUCAGUUAUGCAGACGGACGAAACCACAUUGAAGAAUCAGAAGCUGGUGGAGGAAUUUCAAUAUUUAUUAGAGAAAAGCCAGAGUCUUUUUGCGGGCUUGAGAGACCUUCCACCUACUGGCAGCAAUAGACAAUGGAAACCAUACUUUGAAAAGACAUUUGAAGUGUACACUAAGCUGUGGAAGUUCCAGCAAAUCCAUAGGGCAAUUCUGGAAGAUAAGAAUUAUUAUGGUUUGAAACGGUGGGAGAUUGGCGAGAUUGCUAGCAAGAUUGGCCAGUUGUACUAUCAUUACUACCUUCGAACGAGCGAAACGAACUACUUGAAUGAAGCAUCUGUAUUUUACCAAGCUAUCCAUGAUCGACAGUACUUUAAGGAUAUUCUGGAUGUUAGGAACUCUGCCCUGAUGAUCAAGAAGAUGCGCUAUUAUGCCAGAUUCAUUGUUGUGUGCCUCUUACUUAACAACAAUGACGAUAUCAGACAUUUGAUUUCGGAACUUGAGGCACUGGUCGACGAAUAUGUAAAAACAUUCAAACCCGGGGAUGCCAAUGAAUGGCAUAUGGUCAUUGAGGAGAUAACUACAUUUAUGGACGCAGAGAAAAAACUUAUUCCUGUUAAUGCUGACAAAAAACCUGUUCAAGUUGCACAUCGUCUACCGGCUUACGUGAAAUCAUCGAAAGACAAGCAGACAACUCCCAAGCUUCGUUUGCAGGAAGCGAUUUUGGUUGGCAACUAUCAGCAUCAGAUCAAGUUUUCCGAGCUGACACUGGAUAUGUAUCGAAUGCUGCAGUCACUUGAGAAAGAACCGACAUCUAAUCGACCUGGAUCUACCAUCGUUGCAACCCCUGCCAACGAUGCUGACGCUGAAAAGAAGGAUGCGCCGUCUAAUUCUAAGGUUCAGAAGCUGGACGAGCAGAGCACAGUCAAGUCAACGCCAAGUGCUGCACAAACCACCACUGUGCCCGUCACUGGAGCUACAGCUGGGAACAGUACUACUGCACAAGAACGAAUGGCCAAGAGAGUAAAUCCUCACAAAUACCUACUCCACCGGCCCACUCUUAGCCAGCUCAUGGUGUAUAUAAGCACUGCAUUCAAGGAUAUCAGUGAUACAUCGGCAAUGUUUAUAUACCUAUCGGCCGAUGGAAUGCCCAAACGAGAGGACAAUACUAAUCCAGUAACAGACGGUGAGAAGACGAUCAAGCACCUCGGAUACAGUGCAGGCAUCACCACGAGCCAGAGAAAAACAAACGAAAAAGGCGUGGUGGAUGGAGUCAACUCAACUGGAGUUGCUGGUGGAUUGUAUCCCGGAGACCUGAUCCCAUUUACACGCAAACCUAUGUUUUUAAUUGUUGACAGUAAUAACAGUUUGGCAUUCAAGGAUAUGGUCAAUGUGUUUGAUCAACCGUUUAUGGCCAUUCUCUCGCCUACCGAAUACCCUUCAUCAGUCCAAGAUAAAAGUGAAAUCGGCAGUUUGUUCACUCUCUUCUUGCACGCUCCACUGCUUGGAUUCUGCGCUGUAUCUGACAUUGGCAAUUUGGAGCAAACAGUUUGGAAUCAAUGUGUCGCCCGUGUCAACGACAUUGAGGCCAAAAUCACCGACUUGUUGUAUGCCCAUCAGGAAACAGAUCCCAGUGUGCUCCGAUUCAUGCAGGACGACUUCCUUCGAUCUUUCAUCGUCCGCACUGUCCUGUGCACCGUGAUCCUCCGUUGCCAUUUAUCUUUCAAAGAGGAGAAGUCCUAUCCAGCCACUCAUCCUCCAUUACCGCAAGAUGUCUUGUUGUCUUCCGAAGUGAUCAUGAUGUUGAGAGACCUGACGGUGCUCGCAGAUGUCACCACGUACUUCUCAUUCCCCGCGAGUUACUUGAACACCGCGGUCACUGCCAACCCGCCCAGCGAAUCAUAGGACUGUAUCGCAGGCGCAUUAUUCCCUAUGUUUGUUCUAAAAACGUUACGUUAUUUUAUCUCAUGUGCCUAUCUUC